AUGAGUGACAAAAGAAGAGUUCACCCAAAUUGUGGGAAUGGUUCGAACCCUUAUCAUGAAUGCAGUGAAUAUUGCUUCAAAAUAAUAGCGGAAAUAAAGAAGCAAAUGAUCAAAGCUGAAACACGUGUGUUGGAAGCUAAUACUGUUGAUGAAAGAGAUGGUGUUGAAAGUCACAGUGAUGAUGGAGAGGAUAAUAUGAGAGACGAGUCGACGAAUCAGAUAAGAGGGAGGAAGAGGAAGUUAUUUGAAUUAAGGUUAAAAAUGAACGAGGCAAGAAAAGCUAAUCAAUCUGAAAUGUUAGUAGAGAAGAAAAAAACAGAAGCUCCAACUGCAGAUUGUAGAGGAAUAUCCAAGCAAAAAUGGAUUGAAGAGAGGAAGAAGAAAAUUGGGAAUUUGUUGAAUGCGAACGGGUUAGAUAUGAGCAAAGCAUAUAUGCUAGAUACACAAGAGUCUGCGGAGGCAAAAUAUAAGAAGUGGGAGAAGGAGCCUGCUCCAGCUGGUUGGGAUGUUUUUAAUAAGAAGACGCUAUACAAUGCAUACAAGAAGCGUACAAAGAAUGUUGUUGUUGAUGUAUACGAGUACAACAGAAUGAAGGAAACUGAACCAGAAUUUUAUCGAGAAGCUUCUAGUCUCCACUAUGGGAAGGCACCAAAAUUAUCAGACGACAAGCUAGAGAGGACGGUGAAGGAGCUAAAGGACAGGGAUGAGAAGCGUCAAUCAUUUAGUCGGAGGAGAAAGUUUCAUGAAGAGAAAGAUAUUGACUCUAUUAAUGAUCGUAACGAGCACUUCAAUAAAAAGAUUGAGCGUGCCUUUGGAAAAUACACCUUGGAGAUCAAGAAUAGCCUUGAGAGAGGAACUGCUUUGCCUGACUGA